UUGCCGAUCCAAGGACCAGGAAAUAGUCAUAAUUUCGGCUUAAUUAACAUGGUCAACCAUCAUUCGAAUGGUGGCGGCAGCGCCGGAAACAGCAGCGGAGGUGCUCAUGGAGGUGGCGGUGAUUACUCCGGAGAUGAUCGCAGUGGCGGCGAGGAACGGGAGCGUCUGGAUGGCGAUCUACAUGAUAAGCCCACAUAUCUGCUGGAACAUCUGGCCACGUUCACUGUCAACAAGGAAUCGGGCAUUGUUUAUCCGGCUGAUGGCAUGCGAAGACUCUUGCAGCUGGAGAAGACUACGGGAAUUUGGUCACAAAAGAUGCAACUUUGUUUAGACUACCAGUGGGUCCUUAUCAUGGACUACGAGACGGGGGUAGAUUUUCAUCUGUUCCGCAAUUCUCAACAGUCACAAAGCGUGUCUGCCGUGCACUUGGUGGAGGAUCUGAAGCUGCUGCGCAGCGGCAAGAUGAUCACACAGCAGCGAGGUGCCACGCCCACACAGCAUGCGGGAGGCGGAGGAGGAGGAGGAGGCGCCUCCAGCUCUGGCUUGGCAAUGAUGAUGAGCAAAACAUCAUCAUCAUCGUCGCACAGUCGAGCCGAACACCAUCAGCGGGAACAGCGCGAUCGGGAGCGCGGCAGGGAGCGGGAAAGGGAACGCGAACGGGAAAGGGAGCGAGAGAGAGAGCGAGAUCAUCAACUGCAACUGCAGUAUGGCAUGCGGGCGGCAUCAGGUGGAGUUGCCGGAGUUGGAGGUGGCGGAGGCGGAGUCGAUCACAAUGGCGAAACGGAUUCGGAGCAUGGCGUCGGAGGCAAUGAUCGCGACGAGACGAGCUCCACAUCCAGCGAGAAGUACGAGAGAGACGUUGCCGUGCUGAAUCAUUGCUUCGAUGAUAUUGAAAAGUUCAUUGCACGUCUGCAACAUGCGGCUGCCGCAUCCAGGGAACUGGAGAGACGUCGUCGCAAUCGCAAGUCAAAGAAACGUGAUCCGGGAGAGGGAUUGCUCACUUUGAGGACACGACCGCCGCAUGAGAAGGAGUUUGUGGACAUCUUUGCCAAAUUUAAACUUUCAUUCAAUUUGCUGGCCAAGUUGAAGGCACACAUCCAUGAUCCCAAUGCGCCGGAGUUGGUGCAUUUUCUAUUUACGCCACUGGCACUGAUUGUGGAGGCGUCGAGUGAUACGUAUUAUGAGUCGCAGCUACCCUCGCGUGUUGUUAAUCCGCUCCUGACGCGCGAGGCCAUCAAUUUGCUAAUCAACUGUGUGACCAGCAAGGAGACGGAACUGUGGCGUUCCUUGGGCGAUGCCUGGGUGAUACCACGUGACCAGUGGAAGGAGGAUGUUGGCAGCUAUCAUCCCGUAUUUCUUGAUGGCUGGUCACCCGAUUAUUUAGUCAUCGACGAGCUGGAAACUCCAUCUCCGCCGACACAUGUCAACAGCAAACGACGCCUUGAUGUGCAGACUGGUCCAGGAGCAGCACUUGGACUCAAUGGACGAGGCGCUGCCGUAGGUGGAUACGAUGAUUACGAUACCAAUGGAAUUGGCAUCUCACUCAGCGAGAAGUACACCAUUCAUCAUGGCAAUGAUCGCGAUCGAGAUCGUGAUCGUGAUAGAACUCCCGAUUUUAAUGCUCGCAGCGAGCUCUCCUUUGAUUCCAUUGAGCGGGGCGGCAGCGGUGGAGGCGUCCAGUCCAGCAGUGCAGCAGCUGGCCAUGGACACGGUCCAGGAGCUCAGGGACCUACACUUAGCGCAAUCACAGCGGGUCUGCAGAAUCUGCACACGCGGGAGUCUCGCAACGUUGGCGGAGGAGCAGGAGGUAACUAUGGAGCGGUUCCUGGAGGCGCCUCGGAAAUAUCUGUAGCUGCUGCUCGAGGUGUGGGCAGCCCCAAUGCCAGCGAGGAUCAGCUGUUGGAGGCGUGGCUUGAGGAUCUGCAGUCGACGGGCGCCAAAGUUGUGCUGGUCACCUACCCCCGCACCGCCAACAACGACAAGGAGCUGAGCGUCAUGCGCGGCGAAUACUUGGAGAUCCUGGAUGACACACGCAAGUGGUGGAAGGCGCGCAAUAUGAGAGGACAGGUGGCCCACGUUCCCCACACGAUUGUCACGCCCUUCAAUUAUGGCGACGGCGAGGGCAACGGUCAAUUCUACGGCCAACAGCAGGCGGGAGGAACGAGCAAGUCCCGUCAUUUAACAGGUGGCAAUAUGGACAAUGCAAACAUGGAUCAACGCUCUCCGGAUGCAACGGAUAUGAUUCGUAGCAAGCACUUGGGCAAAAAGGGCGAGUUUCGUUACUUUUAGUGGAGAAAUGACGUAAUGGGAAAUAUACCUAAAUAUAAAUACGACUGCGGAUCAAAGAUGAUAUCAACGUAGCGCGUGGAUCUGUUUCUAUUUGUAUAUGUGUGCGUGUUGAAAUGGAAACUCGAAACUAACCAUAAGACUAAUUAUAAGUUGUAUUUCGUUGAGUGGACCCGGCGAGAGCAAUAGAUUGUUUUUAAUAAAGCCUUGUCUUUGCAAUAACUAAAGGAACCCAAA